AAACUGAUGUAGGUUAUAAACUUAAUAUUUCGGUAAAUUUACAGAUCAUUUUUAAUCCCUUUGUCACGCCAGAUAUCUUCAUAUUCAUCAAAUUAAGAGCCUUUACUUGUCAAGUGUGCUGGCUUUCCACCCGGAUUGGGCGCGCGCUCAGUUACAAAGCUCCUACAGCCUAUAUAAUAAAUCCUUUUCAGUAAAUAUUUUUCGUUAUCAGAGCAUCGCUGCUGUUUAUUUCCGAUCAAAUGAGACAGUUUUUUAGUUUUCAGACGUCUCUUAAGGAGGCUCUGGCACGCAAUAUGACUGAAAACGCGAGAGUUAAUCAUCUCGAGAGGAGUUCUCACAUCAGCGGCUGCACGCGAUGCGUGUCCUUAUGAGUCCAAUAUCCGAGCCCACGCGCUCAGCUCAGCUAGGAUUUCGUGCAAGUGAAAACCGCGAGAAACACCUGAAAAGUACGGUGACUGUUUGUUUUGACGGUUACCAUGGCGAUAUUAUGUCUUCCUCUUAAAUUAUUUGACUAAACUGGGGUAAAAAGCAGACAAAACAGUGACAUGCGGCUGUUUUUGAAGGGGCGCGUGCGCACACACCUGUGCAUUCAUCUGAAAAAGCAUAGGUUGAGGGACAUUUCUGUUUUUUCUUCUUCUUCUUUUUUAAAUGGUAUUUUAAAUCCUGAUCAAAAACGGCCCAAUGCAACCCGUUCUUGUCCUGCAAACAUAAACAUAAAGUGCUUUUCCAUGUCAUUGUCGGUGGUACCAUCAUGGGUACAUCUUUUUGUGCCUUUUGGAUGGAUCUUUUACCUGGGAAGGUACAAGCAUCCAAAAUGCAUACUCUUGGACAAGCGGAAUCUUUAGCCAGUUGUGCAGUCAAUAUAGUUUGGUUCCAUCAUCAUCAUCAGAUGAAGAAAAGAAAAGAAUAUAUAGUAUGGGCUUAUUCUGUUUGGACAAACUGUUUGUGGACACCUGUAUAUACCUAUAAUGUAUGUAGGCCUUCCACGAGAUGGAAGCACACAAACGUAUAAGAUGUCAUUGUACGCUGUAGCAUUACAGUUUCCAUUUACUGGAACUAAGAGGCCGAAACCUGUUCCAAUUUGACAAUGCCCCUGUGCACAAAGCGAACACCAUGAAGACAUGGUUUGCCAAGAUCAACGUGAAAGAACCCCCCUUCACUCGACCUCACUAAUUCUCUCGUGGCUGAAUGGGCAAAUCUCCACAGCCACAAAUCUCCAAACAUCCCAAACCAGGGAUGUUUAAAAAAAACAUAAGGGUGUGAUGGUGGGGUGUCCACAAACUUUUGGACAUAUGGCGUAUAUUAUAUAUUUAUUGAUAUGCACAUUUGAUAUGCCUCACUAUCAUCCAGCUCCAAACGUCUGUCUUAUAAAAUGAAAAAAGAAAAAGAAAAAAUCUAUACAUUAACAUUUGUGCUAGAAAAAGGUGUUAUAGGAUAAAUUGAAAUGUCCAUAAUUCUACAAAUCCCCAAAAGUUGUACAAUUUGUCAUCCUUUUAAAUAAAAUUAAAAAAAGCACUGAAAUUUGUUAAAAAAUUUUAAAUAAAAGGAACUCUAGAAAGUUCUUUCCUAACUGACUUCCUUUUUUUUCUUUUAUCUAAUUUCUUGCAUGCUUCUCAACACCAAUAGCAAAACCUCAGCUCUUGAUUUUGUUCACAAACUACCUUAGGGUAAAAUCCCUGUCCACUUAAGACAGUCUGUCUGUAACUGAUUCAUAAAACUGUGAGGAUUCUUGACAAACAUGACUCAUAACUACAGGUGGGGGGGUUAUGGGGGGGAGACCACACCAAAACCUACACCACUUUCUAAGCUACAGUACUCAUCCCUUAGUUCAUAGGGAUGGCGUUUUUCCUCAAACUACACUAAGCUUGCCUUUGUACAAGGUACAUAUGGCAAACCAUUUUUCUCCUACCAUCGCUAAUCAUCUUCUGCUUGUCUGGCUUGCUGAAUUUGCUGCCAUUUAUGAACAGCCACUGACUUCCCAAGCUUCAGGUUCCUAAACUCAUGGCACCCAUACAGGUCACCACACUCGCUUCUACAGAUCUCAGUAUUGUUUUACAAGACAAUCCCAUCCCAAGAUCACAUCCCUUGGAUACUUGGAUUUGGUAUUGCUGAAUCUUGUUCUAGCUGUCCCAACUACCGUGUUCCAUCUGGCACCAGUGGACUCCUCAAAUUCCUGUCUACCCUAGCCACCAAAGCUACUGACCUCAGGUACCACCCUGCUCACUGCUGAACCGGAUAUAUUUUGCUCAGAGCAGGGCCGUAACCACCACAGACACUGAAGGGGACACAUCCCACCCAAUAAUCAGAUACGGAUAAUAAGAUGAAAGGCCUGCCCAGGGGUAGAGAAGCAAUGGAUGAAAACAGAACCUCUUGUACCUCCAUCCCAGACUAUCCCAGCACAGACUUUGAUUAUGACAACUGCACAGGCAACUAUUCGAACUAUUCGGAUAUCGGCAUUGAGAUGUGUGAGCCAGAUAAAAGGCAAGAGUUGACCAUCAUGGUUGUCCAGAACACGGUCUUCCUCAUCGCCUUCGUCCUUGGUUUAAUUGGGAAUAGUUUGGUGAUUGCCACAUUCGCCAUGUAUCGUCGCCUCCGUCUGAGGUGCAUGACCGACGUCUUCCUCUUCUAUCUUGCCAUUUCUGACCUGCUGCUGCUCCUGACUUUGCCACUGGAAGCCAGUGAAACCUUCAUUGGCUUCUGGGCAUUAGGAAACGUGAUGUGCAAGCUAAACUAUGGCCUCUGUGCCAUUAACACUUACGGUGGCUUGUUGUUGUUAGCGUGCAUCAGCAUAGACCGCUACCUGCUUGUAGUACGAGCCAGGACCGCUCAGGCGCUACGUCAAAGUAUGCUAUGCUACAGUAUAUUGUCUGCGAUUGCCGUGGCAGUGACCUCUAUCGUCCUCAGCCUGCCAGAGCUCUUGUUCACUUCUGUGAAUGAAAGUUCGUUGAGGUGUGAGUACGUAGGGUACGAGGGUGACAAGGGGAAGGUGAAGAUGUGUGCACGUGUGGCAAAGAUUACAGGUUUCUGCGUGCCGUGUAUUGCCAUGCUGGUGUGUUACAGCACCAUCGGCCAUGUGUUGAUGCAGGGCCGGGGAAAAUGCUUUCGCAGACAGAAGACACUGCGACUCAUAGUAGCACUGAUAGUGCUCUUCCUGUUGUUUCAGCUUCCAUACGCCAUGGUGCUGUCUUUCCGAUUGUUCACAUCCAAUUAUUCAUGUAAAACGUGGUCUGACAUUCACCUGGCCGAGGACGUCACCCGCAGUCUUGCUUAUGUCCGUUGCUGCCUCAAUCCACUGCUCUAUGCUCUUGUGGGAGUAAGAUUCCGGGGUGAUGUGAUGAGGUUGCUCCAUGAUUGUGAUUGCAUCUGUUCUUGUCUGUCACAUAUAACACCAAACCUGAACUAUGGAAGCUCAAUGAGUGCCUCGUCUCCUCCUCCUACUAGUAUGAUAAUGCCCUUCUCUGAUGUUUAUUCACCUAAAAUCAUACCUGACAAUGCCAAGAUCGAAAAUCCUGAAGGUAUGCCACAGGCUGAGGACAAAGAGUCAUAUCCACCCAACAUAUUUUUCCCUUCUACUUUCCCAAACUCACAGAAACCUGGGGACAUUAUUUUUUCAACCUAUACCUGCCAGUGAACUCUUCUUUUUGACUAUAUGUAACUUUUUGUAUAGGCUAUGUAAAUAAUAAAACUCAUUGGGGUAUGUUCUUUUAGGGAAAUAAUCAAUCAAUGACAUGGUGUUACUGUUUCUACCAUGAAGUUGAUUAUUUUCCUAUAACAGCACAUCUCCAAGUGUUUUAUACCACAGCAAUGCGUCAAUGUUCGCAAGACAAUUUAAUUCUUAUAAAGUUUAUCUUGUGUUAUAACCGCUAUAAGCCUUCAUUCUUUCAUCAACUUGUCACUGUCAUGUUAGAGCUCUCUGUCGCCAAGACUCUCCCAUGGCAGAAAACUGUUAUGUUAUGGGCUGACACUGGAGACUCCUUCCAUAAAUGUCACCUUGCACAAAACACACACACACACACACACACACACACACACACACA